AUGUGCAAGUACAUUUAUGCGUAUUCUUCCACCUGCCAGCAUGGCGAGCUCACCAGAGUAACAUACUGUAACAAGGCGACAGCACUUGGCCUGCCCAAACACGACAGUCAUUCGCCAAACGGCGCCGGUGUAGACAAUACUCCAGGCGCUCAACCUGGCCCGUCGUCUUCUCAUCCACCAACAUCAUCCGCAAACAACAGUAGCUCUUCGUCUCCGCAUACGCAGCAACAGCAUUAUAGCAACAUGUCCACAAUCAGUCCAUCUAAGGCUGGCACACCGCUCGCCUGGAGUAUCACCGCAACGGAGCGAAACGAGCAGGUGUCCCCGCAAGCUGCUUUCGUCCCACGCUCCGCCAUCAACGACAAUUAUCGCCACCAAGCCAGUGGUAGCGCCAACGCCAACUCAGAGUUGGAUACGCAAGGUUACCGUAAUAUCGACAUGGAUAUUCCAUUGGAUACUCAGUCAUCUCUGUCUAUGGGGUUCACUCACGAUGGUAAGGUCACGGAACUUGUCGCUCGAUUUGAGUCAUAUGCUGGUUGCUCUGACGCAUCAGAAGUAUCUCCCAUCGGCCACGCCCGCAUUCACGGUGAUUCCAACCGUAGUCCAACCCAGUCCGAUACAGACACCGUUCGACAGCCUCCGAAAGAGCACGUCCAAUUCGAGACCGAUAAUCACACGAUUGGCCACACCGCGCAGGGGCAACAAAGCCCUCGCAAGCCGAUACCUUCUCAGUGGUUUCCAAAGAGCAAUGCCCCCAACCUUGCAACGGCCCAGCGAGCCAAAGAGCGCUCUCACAAGAAGGGUUCGCAUAGCGGCUCCCCGGUUGAGGUGAGGACGCUUCGUGGAACGCGCAGCUCGGUUGAUCUAGGCAAGAGACAUAACGCGGAAGGAGCGACCUUUCUUACCAAGGAAGCUCUCGCCGCUGUCGAUAGCAAUAUCACCUCGCCUACGUCUCCAUGUAGUCCAAAUAGACUCCACCGUUCACCCUCAAAGCCGUCUUGGCAGAGCCCCAAUGCUUCACCAUUACGUAGCAGCCUGCGUCAGCAAUCUACUGUCACCAACAAGGUGUCACCAACUAGGCCGACAUAUCUCAACGCUGAAACGGCAUUGAAUGCGCAUUCACGAGCUGCUAGUAGUGUUGCCACUUCUACGGGCGGAAACUCUUUCCAUACUGCAGAGGACUCGCCGGUAAGGAGUCCUGUAGGCUCGGAGCUAAGCUUCUGGUCGGCUGAAGAGAUCAUUGAAGAUAUGGACAUCCCUUAUCACAAUUUGACUGCUGACAGUGAGACUGUGCAGACAGGGCAAGGUUCGAGCAAUGUUUCGACACUCAAGGGAAAAUCUACUGGCAAGACGAGCUCGAUCAAGCCGAAGCUCGCGCUUACGAUCCCACCUUCAGGCUCAUCAUCCAGCACUGAUCAUGAUUCGGUGGUUGCGUUGACUUCAGCUACAAGCAAGUCCGAAACGAUUGUCAGCCCCUGGAGCCUAACAUCACCUAUACAAACAUCUCGCAUCCCCCGUGUCGCUACGAAAAGCCAGAUAGGAAGGCCAAGCGGUGCAACUCGAAGCUCCACAUUGAAGAAAGCACAAUCUGCGAAGUGUCUAAUAGCUAAAGCUAAAUCGCAACAAGAACAGACAUCAGCUUUGCCUCAAAUUUCUCGGGCCGAUCCUUCAACAGUGCAAUCCCUACUUCAUACCUACACUAUCAACAGCCCAGAUUCAACUACUCUAUUUUCGCACAUCUCGGCAGUUGAUAAAGUCGCCCAUGCGUGCGAUGCUCCAGCUCAUGCUGAACUCUCUCCAGCCCUAGCCCCACGUCACACUUCGGACAAGCUCACAUUGAACUCGAACGAGACGGCACUGGCUGAUAGUGCGACCUCUGUUGAUGACUGCAUCUCAGGACGCACCUCUAGUGCGACAUCUGCCACUGUGAAAGCUUCACCAGCUCUGGAAGAUCCCGUGCUUAUAGAUUCUGCCGUCAUUUAUAGCCGCAAGAAAUCGGAUGCUUUUGGUACGAUGCUCGAAUGGUCCAUCAACGUGCUAUCGUUUAUUUUCAUGAUGGCUCACACAUUGGAUCUAGGGACUGUGCAUGUGCACGACAUCCACGACGACGCUGCCUCGGUCGCUUCUAGUUAUGCCGGGAUUGCUCACAACGAUCUAGCAGUCCGAGGUAGGACUGACCGAUAUGCGCCCAGUGCACGGAGACAAGUAGAGAGCGAGACUUCUAUGCAGUCCAGUUUGGGCUCAGAUCUACGUGCGACUGCUCCAGCGUUCGUACCUCAGGCGACUCAACAAACGUAUCCUGCCAGCUCUCGUACGGAAGAAACGACACUUCUCCGACCAGACCAGGAAGGAUUAUUUCCAGAUCUGUCUAGUCUUGACCAGCACGGUGUUCCUUGGUUCUACUACAUGUACCCGAUACAUUUUGCCUACGAACAAGGAUUUCGCAACGGACGAUCGAGGUCUCCAAAGAAGUUCAAGCCGAGGAAGCAACGCGAAUCCAUCUCUUCGCCAACUGCUACUCAACAUGUGUUUCAGAACGCCAAUACUUCUGUAGCCGGAUUCAAGCCCGCGGCUACUCCUCUAUCGGAGGUGCUACAGCGUCAGCCUUCGGCAGUACUAAUGCCGCUUCCUCCUGUGCCUUCACAUGAAUUACAAGAGCCAGUGAAGCAGGAGAACUCCCAUCCUGGCCUCACAGCGGAGCAGAAGGUUGCGAACAUCCCUUGUACCAAUGAGUCUAGUAUUCCCUUCUCUACGCAAAUCGAUCUCAUCACUCAACAAGCCGCACUGCGCAACGACACUGAUAACAAGACCCAACGCUUCGCAAACAUGGAUCUCACCACAAUCCGCAACGUAGGUCUGCCUCUCGGUCCGCGCAACAUGUGCACUCCUUCUUACUACGCGUUUCCUCGCCGCAAUCCGCGCCAGGGUUAUCGCCACACUGGCAACGGUUUGUAUGGUGGUCGUGGCGCUGCUGGUGUUCCUAUGCAUGCUACAGCCCCAUUCCCGGAUCCUGUCCCUCCCCCGAGUCGACCACUUCAGAAUCAGCAACAAGUCCUAGGCGGCAGCUCGAAUAACUAUAUGGGGUAUAGCAUUGGAACGGAAGCUUGUGGUCGGGUUGACAUUGACAUUGCGGUGGAGAGGGGUGGCGGCGAUGCGUGUAAUACCUGCGAGCCGGAUCACUGA